AUGGAGGAAUUACGGGUGAAGCUUAGAUUUGCGGUGGACCCGGUUGGGAGGAGUGGCGGUAUUGCUCUUUUAUGGAAGGAUGUAGAUGUUUUGGAAAUUCAGAAUUUUUCUAGAAGGCAUAUUAAUGUUACUGUCACUUGCCAAGAUACUGCAAAAUAUGGAAUACCUUGGCCGUGUUUGGGAGACUUUAAUGAGAUAGUAGCUCAAGAGGAGAAGUCGGGGUCGGCUUUGAGGAGAGUUGGCGAGAUGGAGUUGUUUCGGGGAGCUCUUGAAGAAUGCCGAUUGAGUGAUCUAGGGUUCACAGGUCCAAAGUUCACUUGGACUAAUUGUCGAGCAGUGGCUAAUAAGGAGUGGUGUGUGCUUCAUCAAACGGUGGAAAAAACCAAGCUUUUGGAGGCUUUGCACAGGGAUGAAGGUCCAGCAAACUGGGAGGAGAUUAAAAAGUUGCAAUCUGAAAUUGACAUUGUGUUGGAGUGUGAGGAUUGUAAAUGGAAGCAAUGUGCCUUGCAAAAUUGGUACCAAUAUGGAGAUCGAAAGACGCCUUUUUUUCAUGUAUGGGCUAACCAUCGGAGAAAGGUUAACAACAUCAGGCAGAUUCAGGAUGAGGAGGGAAGGUACUACCAAAAUCUCUUUUCGGCUGGGGAGUCAGUGGGAAUUGAGGAGUGUCUUGCAACUCUAGAUACAAGGGUGACUACGGAGAUGAAUGCAGAUUUGUCAAGGGUAUUCACAGCGGCUGAGGUUGAAGCUGCGCUUAAUUAG